CUGAGCAUUUUAUCUUUUAAUUGUACUUUUCAGGCAACCUGAAUCUUUUCGAAAACAUCUGCUGCCCUCCUUUUCAAUCACUCGGUCUACAACUAUAACCAGAAAGGACUCAUGGCUUCUGAAAGACUACGGAAACCUAAAUCUUCACCGAGCACGACGAGUCAUGGCAACAAGCCACCACUGGAUUUGGAAAAUCUCCGCAACACUCUAGCGGAGCUACCAUCGCAGUUCAGGUGAAAGCAGCUAUUGACUCGGCUCUGGCCCCAGUUGUUGCGUCUUUUGAGAGUUUUAAAUCGGGCAUUGAACUCAGAGUUCGGUGCAGUCUCUUUCUGUCUCUCUCUGUCUCUCUCUCUCUCUCUCUCUCUCUCUGUGUGAGUUCAGUAAAAUGGCAGAGGCCAGUAUUUCAUUAGAUCAGCUUUCAGUGGAUCGGUUAAGCUGUCCAGUUUGUCUGGAUCUACUGAAGGAUCCGGUGACGAUCCCCUGUGGUCACAGUUUCUGUAAGGUGUGUAUUAAUGACUGCUGGGAUCAGGAAGAUGAGAGCGGAGUAUAUCGCCGUCCUCAGUGCAGAGACACUUUCACACCAAGGCCUGUUCUACGCAGAAAUAACAUGCUGGCUGAAGUGGUGGAGAAAGUGAAGAAGACUGAAGUCCAAGCUGCUUCUCCUGCUCACUGUUACGCUGGACCUGGAGAUGUGGAGUGUGAUUUCUGCACCGGGAGAAAACACAAAGCCGUCAAGUCCUGUCUGAUGUGUCUGGCCUCCUUUUGUGAAACUCAUCUGAAACCUCAUUAUGAAGUUCCUGGUUUGAAAAAGCACAAGUUGGUCGAAGCCUCUGAAAAUCUAGAAGAGAAGAUCUGCUCUGAGCAUGAUAAAGUGCUGGACAUCAACUGUCGUACUGACCAAAGCUUCAUCUGUUAUCUGUGUACGAUGCAUAAACACAGAGGACACAAUACUGUAGGAGCUAAAGCAGAGAGAACUGAAAAACAGAGAUGGUCAACCAGUGAGACGAUCUUUACUGAGAUGAUCAGCUCCAUGGAGAAAAGGCGCUCGGAGGUGACGGAGCUGAUCAGAGCUCAGGAGAAGGCUGAACUGAGUCGAGCUGAACGACUCCUGGAGCAACUGGAGCAGGAGAUCGCUGAUCUUCAGAGGAGAGUCACUGAGCUGGAGCAGCUUUCACACACAGACGAUCACAUACAUUUCCUCCAGAGUUUCCAGUCUCUCCGUGUCUCUUCUGGACGUGAGGUCUCAUCCAGCAUCACUGUCAAUCAACAUCUCUCAUUUGAUGAAGUGAGGAAAUCUCUCUAUUAUCUGAAAAAGAGACUCGAGGAAUUCUGCCAGAAGGAAUUCAUCAAAAUCCCUGAACACGGUGAGAGAAAUUGUCCUGCUGGGAAAUCUUUACUUUCUCUGCAGCACAGUAAAGAGAGACAUCAAAUUUCCCCAAAACACACAGACUUUCAAAUUUCAAAUGAUUACAUGAGGGGAUUACUCGAUGUGCUUCGGAUGUUUUCCUCAGGUACGCUGGUUUCCUCCCCCAGUCCAAUGACAUGCACUGUAGGCUGGUUGACAUUUCCAAAUUUCCCCAUAGUGUGUAAAUCUGAGUGCAAUUAUACCACACAAUGGAUUGGCACCCUGUCCAGUGUGGAAAAUACUGUCAAAUGUGUCUCCACGGGUUCUGUCCACCCGGGUCCAGUUCAGAGUUUGAGGUGUGCUCACCACAUUAGUCAGCAGAGAGCAGAGCUUGUCAUUAUCACAGGAAGUAAGAUCUGUUUUAGACAAAGGGGCCAUAGAAUAUGUACCCCUUUCUCUGAGUGAGAGAGGUUUUUACAGUCGCUAUUUCCUAAUCCGCAAAAAAGAUGGGGGAGUAUGCAGCCAAUUUUAGAUCUGCGUCAUCUGAACCGUACUCUUCGGACAUAGAGGUUCAAGAUGUUGACGCUCAAACUUAUCGUUUCACAGAUUUGAGGACUGUUUUGUGAUGAUAGAUCUAAAAGACGUAUAUUUCCACAUAGAAAUAUUGCCCAGUCACAGGAAGUUCCUGAGGUUCACGUUUGGAGGUAACUUGUACCAAUAUCGGGUUCUUCCCUUCGACCUAGCUUUAUCCCCUCACACCUUCACAAAGUGCAUGGAUGCCGCUCUGGUUCCUUUGCGACUCCAGGGCAUCCGUGUUCUAAAAUAACUGGACGACUGGUUAAUUCUAGCGCGUUCCAUGGAGUUGGCAAUUCAACAUCGAGAUGUUUUUCUCACACACAUGAGAAGCUGGGGGCUCAGGUUGAACCCCAAGAAAAGUAUGCUUUCUCCAGUGCAGAGGAUGACUUUUCUAGGGGUUAUAUGGGUUUCACUACGAUGAGGGCAUAUCUAUCCCCAACACACAUAGGGUCAAUCCUAUCAACAUUGCGCAAGAUAAAGCUGGGUCUGGGCAUCCCCUCCAGUUUCUACGAGAGACUGUUGGGGCUUAUGAAAGCUGCAAGCCAACGUCAUACCAUUGGGCCUAUUGCACAUGAGACCAUUUCAAUGGUGGCUGACAAGUUGGGGGUUUCCUCCAACAACAAAUAAUGUUUCUGAAUAAAAGUAUUAGACUAAACACAUGCUAUAAUAACUGGUGUGUGUUUUGUUAGUAUUAUUAUUAUUUCAAAUUAGUUUUUUUAGGUUUCCAGUUCAUAAUAAUAUUAUUAGACUGGUGUUCUCGUGUGUCACAGCUACCAAAUUUAUAAUGUAAUCUCAGAUUUUUUAAAAAAUAAAUAAACAUAAUGUAUUGUGUUACUGUGUUUGUAAUUCUUUAUAUUAUCUGUCUACUGAAUUCAUCCUUUACAGCAAUACAUCAACUGCAUGAUAUUAUUAAAUGAUUACGUUUUUCCUCAAAUGUUUUUCCAGUGAAGGUUUUAUUUUAUUCUGUUUUUUAUUAUUAUUCAUGAACCAGGCUUAAUAAUGUCCUUAACAAGAAACGACUAUAGCUACCGGUUUAGCAUUAUUGUCAUAUCGCAGAAAACCAUUGACUACAUUUCCCACCAUGCACUGCAGCCUACAAACAUGGCCGCCAUGGACUGCACUUCCCACACACACGUUCACCUUCUCCGGAAUUCUAAUCACACACACCUGUUGUCAGUCUCACACUCACUCACUCCACAGUAUAUAAGAGACUUUUUGAACGCCACGACUUUACCUAGUAUUGAGUUUUCACACCUUACCAAGCGUUUGUACCCGUUUCCUCAUUUUGUUUUUUAUUCAUUGAUCUUGCUUCUUGUUCUUGGUUGAUGUUUCUUGCUUUGCCUAAUUUAUGCCUGUUCGCCAAUCGGCUGACCCUUUGCCUGUUAUUUUGAUCAUGCUAUUGUCUUGUGAUUUGGAUUUGUCUGCCUGUCUCUCUCUAAAUAAACUUUUAUCUGCGUCCGUCCUAACCUUCUUUAUGUGGAUUACGUGACAGAAUACUAGGCCUAACCAUGGAUGCAGCAGGAAGACAGAGGAGACAUCAUGCCAAGGUAGUAAGGAACACCCUACUGAGACUAAACUCGAUUAAGCUUCCUCAAUGGGUAGCCCCGGAUCCACCAGAGCCAUAUGAUGGAUUUUUUGGCUACCCUGAGUAUUUUCUCUUUGACUCCCAAUUGCAUAUUUUGUGCCUACACCUGACCAGAAGCAGUGGCUAGGGUUCAUACUGCUUGAGACGGAUGACCCAGGGAAAACAGCCCCAAGCUCAUGUCUGCUCCUCAGCUCCUCAAGAAACCUGCUCCUGGUCGGACAGUGCCUGAAUUUGAAUCUGAGUGGCCGUGAAGACAUUUUUCCCAGAGGGCCAGGACCGCCGGGGGGGUGUAUUUCCAACGGGGAGGAGGGACUAUGCCUAGUAUUGAGUUUUCUCACCUUACCAAGCGUUUGUACCCGUUUCCUCAUUUUGUUUUAUGUUCAUUGAUCUUGCUUCUUCUUCCUGGUUGAUGAUUCUUGCCUUGCCUAGUUUAUGCCUGUUUUCCAAUUGCUUGACCCUUGGCCUGUUAUUUUGACCAUGCUAUUGUCUCAUGAUUCGGAUGCGUCUGCCUGUCUCUCUCUAAAUAAACUGUCAUAUGCA